CUCUGGUCUCUCCCAGGCAGUGUGUGGAGCGCUCUGGACAGGAGACUCCAGGACCCGGGACCAGCUGCCUCAGUCCUUUCCUGCAGGAUUCCAUCACCUCUCCCAGCGCCGCCUCCAGAGUCCUCUGGCAUCUUUGAGAGCAGUGGACAAUGGAUAAAUCUCUGGAACCCUUGACCUUCAGAGAUGUGGCCGUAGAAUUCUCGCAGGAGGAGCAGGACUACCUGGACCCGGCACAGUGGGAAUUUUACCGAGACGUGAUGUUAGAGACCUACAGGAACCUGGCGUCCUUGGGCCAUCUCAUAUCACCUGUCCUAAUAAACAGGUCUUGCUAUGUCUAAGCCUGACCUGGUCGUCUUGUUGGAGCAAAAGGUGGAGCCCUGGGAUGUGAAGAGAAGUGCAAAUCCCGUCCUCCUCCCAGCCAUGUCUUCUCAAGACGACCAGGACUGCAUACCACAGUCAGGCACAGAAGAUUUAUUCCUAAAUGUGGGACUGGGAGGAGAUGGAAUCGACACCUUUGAGAAUUUAGAAUUAUUGAAAGAUCAGACAUGUCAAGAGGCAUGUGAAGGGCACAACAGUUGUUGCGAUGAAGAUGGCCGAGCAGUGACAAUUAUCCUUAGUAAAAUUUCUCCUGCAAAAACUGAUCCAGUGUGUAAACCAUGUUGGGUAAAACUCCAUUUUAUGUGUGUUGCAUGUAUAGAUAAAUAUGUAUCUGUUAGCAAAGAUCCAUGUGGCAUUUUUACCAAUACACGUUCUCAGAGAGGAAUAUUGGAACAUACGGGAAGUCCCCUAGUCCAUAAUGGAAAUGAUUAUUCAAAACAUUGUCACCAUGGGGUAGGUUUAAACUUUGUGUCAAAUCAUUCUCAACAUCAGAGAAUUAGAAAGGAAGAUGAAAAAUCUACACAGGAUCCUAUUGAGGAGUCCUCAAACCUUCUCCAAUAUCAGACAAUUGGUGAGAAACCUUACAAUUGUAAAGAUUAUGGCAAAGAUAACACAUGCUGCUCAAGCCUUAAUGAACAUCAGAGAAAGAAAUGGCGUAAAUGUGGAGAGCAUGGUAAAGGCUUUUAUUGGAAUUCACAGUUGACGCGACCUCUAAGAAGUCAUACUAGAGAAAAGCCUUACAUGUGUCCAGACUGUGGUAAAGCCUUUCUAUAUUUGUGUCGCCUUUCCCAACAUCAGAGAGUUCAUAAUGGUGAGAAACCUUACAAAUGUGAAGAAUGUAAGAAAGCCUUUAAGGUGAAGUCAAGUCUUAGUCAGCAUCAGAGAAUUCAUACUGGCCUGAAACCUUACAAAUGUGAAGAAUGUGGCAAAGCCUUUAACUGGGUGUCAAAUCUUUCUAAACAUUACAAACUUCAUACUGGGGAAAAGCCUUACAAAUGUAAUGAAUGUGGAAAAGCCUUUAUUUAUAAUUCAAAACUUAUUCAACAUCAAAGAAUUCAUACUGGGCAGAAACCUUACAAAUGUAAAGUAUGUGGCAAAGUCUUUAACCAGAAGUCACAUCUUAAUCGACAUCACAGAAUUCAUACUGUAGAGAACCUUAGAACUGUUAGGAAUGUGGCAGAGUCUUUAAAAAAAACAGUCAUAUCUUAGUCAACAUCAUAGAAUUCACACUGGGAAGAAACUACAAAUGUGAAGACUGUGGCAAAGCCUUUAACUGGAAGUCAAGUCUUAUUCUACAUCACAAAAUUCACAUUAGAGUAAUGUUAAAAUUCAAAGGUCAUUUUUUUUACUGUAGUCUCUUUAACCAGAAGUCCAGACGUUUCACCAGAAGUGGCAGUGAUUAUCCAGAAGUCAAAUCAUCCUAAACAUCAGAGUGCCUAGUGAGAGAACCCGUAAAUGAAAGUGACCAAUGGAUUGUCCAAAUAUAUAUUAUGAAACCACCAUAUUUUCAUACUGGAAACUUUAAAGAAGCAAAAAUAGGAGAAAGUAAUUUAUAAUGAAAAUUAGAUGCAUAUUGAGACAUUGCAGUGCAGUAGUAAGUUAAUUCCACUUGGCCAGACAUAACCUAAAAUGAGAAUAUGGUCAUGGAGCAUAAACCAAGAUUAAAACACUAAAUAUUAGCAUAAUUUAAAAGUUCAGGAGGCCUCCCUGGUGGUGCAAGGGGUUAAGUUGCAGCUUUGUGAAGCUGUUGGCAGCCACUGCAGCACAAGUUUGAUCCCUGUCCAGGGAGCUGACCGACAUGGAGCAGCAGACCUCUCCUGUUUUGCCUGCUGCUCCCCUCAGCAGUGUAUUUCAGUGGAUCUGCCUGUUCUGUUCCCCACUCUGUCUUUUGUGAAUCCUCUCACCCCCCUCACCUCUGGCCUAUACCCCAGUUCUUGUAUGCAUAAAAAUACAUCUUUAAAAAACAUAAAUAAAACUUGAAGACAAUGGUUUGGGUCAUGUAUAGUUAUUUUCUAUGUCCUUUUUCAUCAGCCAUACUUGAGAUAUGAAUAGACAUGAUGAAUGUAAUUCACGCCUAAAUUACUUCAUUCUAUGACUUACUCAUGUAUGUCACAUCAUGUGUUUGAUUGUUGCUGCCUCAAACAUCUAAGGGAUCCUUCUCUAAUGGAUGGAUUUGCUCACAUCUGACUUGCUCCUGCAAAUUUAAGGUGGUGUCAUAUAUCAUGUAUGAAGAAAAUGUGAAUGGAUAUGCUGUUUGGUUGACUCAAAAGAUUGAUGUAAAUCACCCAAUUGGCAUAGAAAUUAGAGAAACAUGCUGAAGUUCAAA